AUGAUACUCCUCGCUCUCACCUGUGGAACUCUAUGGGUGAUAUGGUCGAUUGUGUCCUUCUUCAUGUAUCGCCCUCGCAAGAUUAGCGGGGCAACGGUGGUGGUCACAGGUGCCUGCAGUGAGAUGGGGCGGCGUCUCUGCAUGCAGCUGUACGCCCGCGGCGCACGUGUCAUUGCGUGGGACUACAGCAAAAUAAAACUGCAAGAGUUACAAGCAGACGUCCUUAAGGCCACAGAGGGGGUGGAAAGCCUUGAUGCCGCGAGUGUGCAGGGCGAUGGCCGCAUUGCUGGCUCGGUUCACAGCGGCACCUUUGCUGUCAUGGUCGUGGAUGUGUCCUCGCAGCUGCAAGUGCAGCGUGCAGCCAAGGAGCUGGACGGCCCGCUCGACAUGAUCGUGCACGCUGCUCACGCAUAUCCGUUCAAGCGGCUCUGCAACCGCGCCGACGACUCUGCGGAGCGCAUCAUCCAGACGAACCUGCUGUCCCCGCUCACGGUGGUGCGUCAGCUGUUGCCGCUGAUGUUGUCCACGUCGUGCUCGUCUUCAAAUGCGAGUGUACCACUCAAGGCGACGCAGCGCGUUGGUGACUACGCCCAGGUCGUGAACCUGGUCGCCGCUGCGAGCAGCUACACUCUCUCCUCAGACAGCCCCGAGUACGCGGCAUCGCAGUGGGGUAUGGUAGGCAUGCACUACUCGAUGCGAGAGUGGAUCUCCCAGCAGCGGAGCGAGUACAUGACUGGCGGCGGCAAUGAUGCGCUGUCAGAGAAAAAGCUGCCAGCAGCGGCAGCGACUCGCGCACGUCAACCAGUACGCGAGGUGCGGACAACGCUCCUUUGCUUAAAUGAGAUUCAAUACAGAGCGCCAACGAUAGCGAGCUCCUUUUUUUCAAGCUCUUCCGGCAAGUCCACUGCUGUGCUGGCAACGCCGUCCUCAUCGAUAGGAAGUUCCGAGCAUGACGGAGGCGACGGCAGCGGUGCGCGAGGGCGGUCAACGUCAACGUACCGCAGUCCCUGUGCUCAACUCAUGCAGAAGCGCAACGCGGAACUUGACAAGGCGGCGGUGUGCUGUGUCAAAGCCAUAUGCAGAGGACAGGAGCGCUACUGCCACACAUCGCCGUGGGCGACAACUGUUAUCUACCCGUUGCUGAUGGUAUUCCCUGUGCCCUGGGCAACUCGACUGCUACGCUGGAUGCAGCACACGCCAACAGCAACGGCGGUGGCAGAGAACUAG